UCAUUCAGGCUAUCAAGAGUCGGAGUCCAAAAUGGGGCGCCGACCAGCGAGAUGUUAUCGCUACUGCAAGAACAAACCAUACCCCAAGUCUCGUUUCUGUCGGGGUGUCCCUGACCCAAAGAUUCGUAUCUUCGACUUGGGAAAGAAGAAGGCAUGUGUCGAAGACUUUCCACUUUGCGUUCACUUAGUUUCUGACGAGUAUGAACAGCUUAGCUCUGAAGCUCUGGAGGCAGGUCGUAUUUGCUGCAACAAAUACAUGGUCAAAAAUGCUGGCAAAGAUCAGUUCCACAUUAGGAUGCGACUCCAUCCUUUCCACGUCAUUCGCAUCAACAAAAUGUUGUCAUGCGCUGGAGCUGAUAGGCUCCAAACUGGGAUGAGAGGAGCCUUCGGUAAGCCUCAAGGUACCGUUGCUCGUGUCCGAAUUGGGCAGCCGAUCAUGAGUGUACGCUCAUCGGACCGUCACAAGGCGGUAGUUAUUGAAGCUCUACGUCGUGCCAAGUUCAAGUUCCCUGGUCGUCAAAAGAUCUAUGUUUCGAAGAAGUGGGGAUUUACCAAGUACGAACGUGCCGAAUAUGAGGAUUUGAAGGUAGCUGGCCGUCUUGCCCAAGAUGGUUGCAAUGUCAAAUAUCUUCCUGAGCACGGACCCCUGGACGCGUGGAAGAAAUUCAGGGAAAGCCUGGCCAAUGCUUAAUCUGAGCCAGACACUUUUGUAAAUGUGGUCUCAAUAAAUUUUAUUCCGACUAAUUAAAAA